GCCCUCCCAACUAGAGCUGCGUGUCAUUCAACGCAUAGCCAACCUGCUGCCAUAAAAAAAGUACAAAUUAUCUCAUAUACUUUUACAAGGCACAAUUCUGUCUCUGUUUGACCUUUAACAACUAAUGUAAGUUUAUUUUUCCUUUAAACACUCCUAACUUGCUUGAAGAACAAAACAGCUGGAGGGUUUUAGUGAAGCUUUACGGAAACCGGUGUUACUUUGUUAAACAUGGCUGACGACUUUGGCUUUUCGGCCUCCGACAACGGAGUUCAUGCAGAAGAAGAUCCGGCCGCGGCGUUUCUGGCCCAGCAGGAGAACGAGAUCGCCGUGAUCGAGAACGACAGCGCCGGGUUCGGUGUUCUGGAGGACGGUGGACCUCCGCCCGCGAACACCUACACGUCCUUCGGAGGUGAUUUUGGAGACGCACCAGAUACUGCUGUAAACGGAGAUAUGUUUCAAGAAACCAACGGCACAGCUGACAGCUACUCAGCCAUUGCCCAAGUUGACAUGCAGAGACAAGAACCUGAAAGCCUGCGCAAAUGGAGGGAGGAACAAAAGGCUCGGCUGGAGGAAUUAGAUGCAGCCUCUAAAGCAGCUGAGGCUGUGUGGAGGGAAAAGGCCCGGAAGGAACUAGAGGACUGGCAUGUACACCAGAAUGAACAGAUGGAGAAGAAUAAAGCCAACAACAGAGUGUCAGAGGAGGCCUUCCUCAAGGAGUGCGAUGAUGACAGUCCUGGAACAGAAUGGGAGAAAGUGGCCCGUCUAUGCGACUUUAACCCCAAAACCAGCCGUCAGACUAAAGACGUCUCUCGGAUGCGCUCAGUUCUUAUUUCUCUAAAACAGACGCCUCUGGUUCGCUAACGUAACUCCCUCUUGUUUUUUCUAGGCUUUCUUCCUGAUCCCUCUUGCACUUUAUUUUAGUGAGGCUGAACACUUUUAACAGAUUUAAGCGUUUAUGUUUUUAAAAAGGGUCAUUGAAUGUGUACGCUUUACUGUAUUUAAACUUCCUAUUUAUGCAUCCUGGUGUUUUGCAAAGACUUUGGCUGUUCCAUAUGUUAAAGAACAUACUGUAAGUGUGCCUCGAUCCAUUCAAAACAAGUCAAGUUUUCCCUUAAUCUCAAGCUACAUGAAAGGCGGCAGAUGUUGCCAAAAGUAUUUUGGUUAGUUAUUUUUGUGAUUGUCACAAUAUUUGCAGAGCCCAUUGGACAGCAUUAAUUCACUGGUACCAAUAAGUGUCUUUAUUGCCUUGUUACACAGGAAAUGGAAGUGUUUGGUUACAUUCUACACAUGAACAGUUUAGUUACCAUCUCUCACCCUAUAUAGUAUUUUUUUACCAUUUAUUUGUCUUCCUAAGUUGAAUGUUAUGUGUUGUAAUCAGUAUCUGGGUUUGGCAUUAUCUGCGUUUGUGUAUUUCUGUUCACUUCCAAGAGGGACGUUACAUUUCUGAGCUUGCUAAGGUUCUUGUUUUAUUAUAAUUUACACAUUACCACUUUUCAAUAUUCAGACUUUUCCACUAUCGGGCCGAACGGUUCUAAGAACGCUCAGGUACGGUUCCAGUUGUUUUUCCACGUGAGCCUGGUACGGCAAACCGUGCCGAACCGUGCUGGUAGAGUGCGUGUGCGUGACCUCGCCACUCAGGAUCCGUCACUUGUCUGUUGCCUGGCUGCUAGUUUCUAGCUUGCUAAGCGCACUAUUUUGAGCAAUGUAAACACAAAUUAGUAAUACAAUCUAAAGACAUUUCUGAUCAUCCUCCAUAAUGCGGUGGUUAUUUACACCUCAUAUCAUAUGUAAACACUUGUGUUACCAUGGCAACGACUGACGCUUUUGAAUUGCAUUCCAAAGAGAUCCGUUAUCAGCCCCGCAGUGGAAAACGAAACCGUAUCCGUGCUGACUGGCCCGGAACGGAACGGUUAAGCAAAGAGAACCGUUUGGCCCGAUAGUGGAAAAGCGGCUAGUAGUAGUUAUUAGUUAAGGGUGCAGUUUUUAAUUCAGUGUGCAUGUUGCCCAUAAAAGCUUCUAUUAUAUUUAAAAUAGAAGAAAUCUUGUACAGAUGAAGGAUUAAUACUCAGAUUUAACCUGCUGAUAUACCACUGCACAGAAAUCUUUCUUGGCACAUUAAGCACAUGCCUGUGCUGCUUACAUAGCAGUUAAUGUUUUGUUUUGUUUUGUUUUAUGUUACUAUAUACAAAAGGGACUAAGAAUAUGUUUGAACCAUGUGCUUUUCUAGUGUACAGUUUGUAAUUGUGGCCUCAGUCUACGGCAAUGAAUCAUGUGCCUAAACCUUUUCUCACUGUGAGACUUGCUUGUCUAUCUGUAGGCCUUCAUCAUUCAAAGCUGCCAAAACCGCUAGAAAUAAAACGUAGCACGGUAAGUUAAUGCAGGUAGUUGUAUUUUUACAUAAACCUGCUGGAAUUAAAACAAUACUGCUUUUUAUAGACCAGAUUUUGAAUUUGUAAUACUACUUGUUAAUUAAUGGCACAUGUAUACAUGUUACAGAUAGUUUGAUUAAGUUAGGAGGCCUUCUUUCUAUUGAAAAUGUAAUUUUAGUUGGCUUUUAAGAUAACUUUCGUUGCAUAUUACAACAAAUGAUGGUUAAUAACCAAAGAAAUCGUCUGUAAGUUUUUGACUGCUUCAAUUAAACUUUUGGUUCUAAUUCAA